CGGUUAGCCGCUGUGCUAACUUAGUCUUAUAUAGUUUGACUUCUUACUCUAAAACAUCUCCGUGAACACGUCAAAUAAAUUAAAACAAGAUACAUGUAAUUUUUGGGGGUUUUAAACCUGUUAAACUCCGGAGACUAUGAACGGGAGCACGAAUCCGCUGCUGGACAAAGAGGAACAUGUUUUGAAGCUCGGAGAAAGCUUUGAGAAGAGGCCAAAAUCUUCCUUUCACACCAUCAGAUAUGACUUCAAACCAGCAUCUAUCGACACGAGCUGUGAGGGAGAGCUGCAGGUUGGGAAAGGAGAUGAAGUGACCAUAACGUUACCUCACAUUCCAGGCUCCACGCCUCCCAUGACGGUCUUCAAAGGAAACAAGCGGCCGUACCAGAAGGACUGCGUGCUCAUCAUUAACCACGACACCGGGGAGUUCGUUCUGGAGAAGCUGAGCAGCAGCAUCCAGGUCAAGAAAACCAGGGCGGAGGGCAGCAGUAAGAUCCAGGCUCGGAUCGAGCAGCAGUCGGUCCGGUCCAACCAGCCCACCGCUCAAUUCCGGGCCCCCACAAAGCCCGGGGUCGGGGUCAAGACCUCCCCGUCUCCUUCCAAGGAUAACCCCUCCCCAGAACCGCAGCUCGAUGACAUCAAGAGAGAGCUGCGAGCAGAGGUGGAUGUGAUCGAGCAGAUGAGCAGCAGCGGCAGCAGCAGCUCCUCAGACUCGGCCAGCGCCUCGGGGAGCGGCGACGACAGCAGCAGCAGCGACGGGGAGCACGAAGCCCCCCCCCGACCGCUCAGCCAACCGCUCAGCCAACCGCUCAGCCAGCCCUCCCCCAACCGCCACCCCAUGGCCAACGGGGGGGCCGACCGGCAGCAGGGCAACAACCAGCUCAUGAACACACUCCGAAACGAUCUUCAGCUCAGCGAGUCGGGCAGCGACAGCGACGACGACUGAACUCCCUGCUAGUCAGUCUCUCUCUCCUUCCACACUCCUCCUCCUCCUCCUCUUCCUCCCUUCUGCCUGGUUCACUUGUUCCUUUGCUGUGACCGCUGACCCCAGCUGUAUAUUCUCGGUUUGACUGUAAUUUUCCUUUUUUUUUUCUCUUUCCAUUUUUUUUUCUUAUUUUUUUAGUAUAUCCUUUGAAGCUGGCCAGCCUGGAACUUUUAAGAGUGUAUUUUUUAUUAGAUGUAUAUUUUGUUUUUGUAUAGCAUAAACUUUAGAAGAGAGAAAACUUUUACUUGAGAGGUAUGGAAGAUUAUAUAUUAGAGUGCACAUACAUAUUUUCUGUACUUUAGAGCAGCUAGUUUAUCUACUCGUAUCGCGUCUCGUCUUUUAAGGAGAGGAAGAAGAAGAGGAAGAGGAAGAGAUAGUU